GGGUUUUGGAAUUUUUUGGCCAUCGUUGCGUGGUUGGGGGAAGAGCUAGCGGGAGCAGCAGCCGGGUGGGGCGGACGGGCGGAGCCGAAGCAGGGGACGCGGCGGCUCGGCGUCGCUCGCGCGACCGCCUCGCCGGGUGGCUGUUCUGGAGGACGGGGGCCGAGGGGUUCCUGAGCAGGUGGCGGUGGGCGAGGGGCCCGCUCCGGCGAGGAGGAUGAGUGGCGGCGGCGGCGGAGGGGGAGGAGGAGGAGGAGGAGGUAGGGGGGCGGCGGGGCCAGUGCCGGUGUCCACGAGGAAGCUGGUGCAGGGGCUGAAGGAGAUCGUGAACCGCCCCGACGCGGAGAUCUACGCGGCGCUGCGCGACUGCGGCAUGGACCCCGACGAGGCGGUCAGCCGCCUCCUCUCACAAGAUACAUUUCAAGAGGUAAAGAGCAAGCGUGACAAGAAAAAGGAGGUUAAUAAGGAUAUGCUUGAGCCAAAACCUAGAGGAUCAGUUAACUCCAACAGUCGAGGCAUUAGAGGUGGUGCAGAUCGUAGUGCACGAAGCAGUUCUGUUCAGUCUGGAUCAAGUGGUGCUGAUAACAUGUACUCAAGGUCAUCGAUAUUGGGACCUGGCAUGCCAGUAACUAAUUCUACACAGAAGCAAACUGUUCCAAGUUCUUCUGUAAACAAGGAUGUUCUUCCUAAUGGAUCUUUUGGAGCAAUGCAACCAUCAUCUGGAUUUCAGAACAGUUGGUGUGGGGUGCCAGGUCAGAUGUCAAUGGCUGAUAUUGUCAAAAUGGGCAGACCUCAAGUAAGGUCUUCUAGCAAGCCUGUUGCUACAACAGACAGAGCAUAUGCUAUCCAAUCCUCAUCUUUCUCAAGUGUUGUAAGCCAGAACCCAAACCAAUCUGCAAGCACUUCCCCACCAACAACAUUCGAGCAGAGAUUCCCUGUUCUUCAAGAUCCUAUUCCUCAAGUUAUGAAUUCCAAACAUGCUUCUGCUGAUAACCAUGAAACACAAGAGAGUGAUUGGUUUCAACAGGAUGGGACAUUAUCAGGGAGUCAGUUAACGGUCCCUGAGACAUCUCGCGACAUAUCUUUACCUUUGGCAUCAUUGGAAUCGACAACAUUGGUUCCUGAUGAUGUAAACUCGCACAAUAAUUCUCAUGUAGGAGAGAACAGCUCAGUUAUACCUUCUGAUAGACACCUGGAAAUUCUUGAGGGCAACAACUAUUUUAAUGAUGAUUUAUUGCACAACUCAAGUACAUACCAGUCUCAAGGAAAUAGCUAUGACGACGACGACGAUGAUCAAGCUGAAGCUUCUAAUGUUGAUGUAGAAUCUGCUGCGGCAAACAUUCAGCACCUAAGCCUACAGACUGAAGAUCUAGUUGCAACUAAAUCUACCGAAGAUAAUCCCGCUGUUAUAAUCCCUGAUCAUCUACAACAUGCAAAUGCAGACUGUGGACAUCUGAGCUUUGGUAGUUUUGGAUCUGGUGCCUUCUCUGGGUUGCUUCAACCAAAGGUCCAUAAAAACAGUGUGGAGGACAUGCCUACUCCAGAUGAAUCUCCAUCAGUUGAUCAAGAAGAUGUCAGGAAUCAAGACCAUAAUGUUGCUGUAAAUUCUUCAACAGAUGGGGAUAUUGAAGCCAGAAUUGACACUAACAUGGAGAAUACUGAUGUACCCUCAGUUUCACAGCCUGACAUACUGACGCAGGGUGCUGUAGAUGUGUCAAGUCUUCAAUAUAAUUUGCCGUCAGUUUCAGAUCAUGUAUAUUUAAACACAACACAACCAAGUACGAUGGAGAGCCCGCAGGUAGAUGCACAAGUGCAACAUCUUCCUCAGUAUUCAAGUUUACUGCAAGCAAAUACUCUACACAACAAUUUGCUGGGAUCAAAUCUUUCCCCCCUUCGGGACUUUGACUUUUCAUCAUUGCUAGCUACAAAAUAUAACCCAGGUGUACCGACUGCCAGCUUACCAGCGAUCUCCAUGCAGGAGACUUUGAAGCCAGGGGGGUUCUCAAACACACAAUCUACACAAAAUCUUCCCAGCACAAGCAUUCUGUCUGGGCCUCCUCUCCCACAACAAUUGUCUGUACAUCCAUACUCUCAGCCAACUCUGCCCCUUGGGCCUUUUUCCAAUCUGGUUGGCUAUCCGUAUUUGCCUCAAAACUACUAUCUACCAUCAGCAGCCUUUCAGCAACCUUACUCAAGUAAUGGACCUUUCCAUCAAUCUGCUGCUACCAACGCGGUGCCUGGAGUCAAUAUGAAAUAUUCAGUGCCACAAUACAAGAGCAGCCUUCCUGCUACAAGCCCACCACAGCCUUCAUCAGUGGUCUCAGGAUUUGGCGGUUUUGGUAGCUCAACUAGUAUUCCUGGAAAUUUUGGAUUAAAUCAAAAUGUACCCUCUGCAGCCACAUCCAUGGGGUUUGAUGAAGCUUUAAGCGCACAAUUCAAAGAUAACAGUCACUACAUUGCCUUACAGCAGAGCGACAACUCUGCAAUGUGGCUUCAAGGAGCUGCUGGUUCAAGGGCUGUUUCAGCAGUACCACCUGGCAACUUCUAUGGUUUCCAGGGCCAGAAUCAGCCGGGUGGCUUCCGCCAGGGACAGCAGCCCUCUCAAUAUGGUGGCCUCGGGUACCCAAGCUUUUACCAGUCGCAGGCUGGUCUGCCACAGGAGCACCCUCAGAACCUUCCCGAGGGAACCUUGAACAGCUCCCAGACCGCUCCGUCUCAGCCAUCGCACCAGCUCUGGCAACACAUCUACUAAAUGAUCUGCACUCUCGUGGGAGAGGCCCCUCUACGCUGCUAUAUGAUCUGAUGACAUUUCAUGCGCCAUGAAAUGAGCAGUCUAGCUGGGCUGCCGUCUUGCGCAAGGAGAAGAGGGGACAAUGCGUUCUACAGAUUCGAAGUAUGCUGCAGUUUUUUUCUUUUCUUUUCUUCACUUGUUGCGUGUCUUGGGAUUAAUUUCAGCUAUCGCGAGUUUACUCAAUAGUGAGUUGCUAUGUUGUAACGGUAAGUCCUAAUUUCAUCUAACAAGAGCUGCUUCU